AAGCAUGCCCUCUCAGAAACGGAAAGCAACAAGGAGUAAACCCCAUAUCUCAUUCAUCGAGUUCAGCGAGGCCGGGGAAGACAUCAGCAAGGACUGCGGCAGGAACACCAAGCCGGGCAUGUUGAAGAAGAAGCGUUAUCUGAACUUUUUUCUCUCGGGAUGAACUCUCUUCUUUGGGUCGUGCUGUGUGGAUUUCCCUCAACAAAUGCCGCCUCUCACUCUCUCAAGUACUUCUACACGGCUGUCACAGCGGGUAUUGACUUCCCAGAGUUCACUACUGUGGGUCUGGUGGAUGAUGAGCCGUUUACGUACUAUGACAGCAUCAUCAGGAGGGAGACCCCCAAAACUGAGUGGAUAAAGAAGAAUGUGGGAGAAGAUUACUGGGACAAAAACAGUGUGGCAUCACUUAGUGCACAGCAGAGCUUCAAAAACAAUAUUGGAAUUUUAAUGCAGCAUUUCAACCAGACUCAGGGUGAGCACACUGUUCAGUACAUGUACGGCUGUGAGUGGGAUGAUGAGACCGGGGCCACAGGACUGUUAGAUCAGUAUGGAUACGAUGGGGAAGACUUCAUUGCUUUAGACACGAAAACCUGGAGAUACAUCACACCUGUGCCGCAGGGGGAGAUCACUACACGGAAGUGGAAUAACCACCCACGUGAGCUUGAGUACGAGAAGCAUUACCUGACCCAGGAGUGUUUUGAUUGGCUGAAGAAGUACGUGAGCUACGGGAAGAGCACUCUGGAGAGGAGAGUUAAGCCUCAGGUCUCCCUACUGCAGAAGAACACCUCCUCUCCUCUUACCUGUCAUGUGACCGGAUUCUACCCCAGUGCCGUCAUGGUAACCUGGAAGAGAGACGGACAGGACCUGGAUGUGGACGUAGAGCUGGGGGAGACGGUGCCCAAUGGGGACGGAACUUUCCAGACCAGGUCUCACCUGCACGUGAAGCCUGAGGACUGGAAGAGGAACAGAUACACCUGCACUGUGCAGCACAAGAGCCUGGAGAAUGACAUCAUUCUGCCUGUCACAGAGGAGAACAUCAAGAGAAACAAAGAGCCGGAGAACUCCAUGGGCAUCAUCAUUGGCUGUGUGGUUCUGGGCGUUCUCCUCCUCAUCAUCGCCGUCAUCGCUGUCUUCAUCUGGAGGAAGAGAACCUCAGGCUACGGGAAGGCUAGCACCGCUGACACUGAUUCUGUGAACUCUAUGAAAUCUACAAGCAGUGAAGGCAGCCUAAUCCACACUCCAAGGCCUUACUGCGGGCUCAGACGGAGCGACGAACUCCCUCGUGUUGGCGGACAUGAUGGGCCACCAGAAGCGUUGUUGUAUCAGGGCUGGCCCCACUGGGGCACCGCUUCGGGGACGAACAACCGAGUUCUGAUUAAACUAUUUUCAGCUCUUAAUAUUCAUACGCCUGUAUGUAGCAAGGUUGAAUUGUAAAUAUUUGUUUCUACAUCAAUAACAAUAGAAAUAGUUCUGGCUCCACCCUGCAGGCCUGUAGCCCUGUACUAGACUGUGGAUCCAGAGCAGAGUUUAAUCAGCCUGUACUGCUGUCUUUACAUGAGAGGAGCUGGAGCAGAGUUUAAUCAGCCUGUACUGCUGUCUUUACAGGAGAGGAGCUGGAGGAGAGUUUAAUCAGCCUGUACUGCUGUCUUUACAGGAGAGGAGCUGGAGGAGAGUUUAAUCAGCCUGUACUGCUGUCUUUACAGGGGAGGAGCUGGAGGAGAGUUUAAUCAGCCUGUACUGCUGUCUUUACAGGAGAGGAGCUGGAGGAGAGUUUAAUCAGCCUGUACUGCUGUCUUUACAGGAGAGCAGCUGGAGGAGAGCUACAGCAAGAGGAUCACUCUUACACACACACAGACACACACACACACACACACAUACACAGACACACACACACACAUACACACACACACAUACACACAGACACACUCACACACACACACACACUCACACACACACACACACACGCAUACACACACACAUACACAUACACACACACAUACACACACACACACACACAUACACACACAGACACACACACACACAUGCACACACACACACUCACACACACACACACAUGCACACACACACAUGCACACACAUACAUACAUACACACACAUUUAACAAGAAAAUUGAGUGCUCAUGCUGUUCUCUUUCUUCCUAUUCUCUUAAUUUUUCACUAUGUACAUAUUGGAUAGAUGAGAGUGCUUGUGUUUAACUGUGUGUGUAAUGCACUGAAUAAUGAGAAUCAACUCCCAGCCCAAAACAGACAGGGACCCACAAAAGUACAGACCAGCAGGAGGUGUCCAUUUUAACACGACACGGCUCUGUUGUAAUGUUCCAUAAUGAAGCAGGUAACAUUCAGCAGGUGCCUCUACACAAAUACUCAUUUACUUGCAGAUUAGACCACAACAAAACAUUUUGUAUUGGACCGCACAAAUCAUUAUCCACUGUGAUUCAUUGGUUUAUCAUGAACAUUUCUUGUUUAAUAUCAACUUUAAACUGCAUUUCCAUGUAGCCCGGAUGUAGCAUAAAGCACAUGAUUUCUAACAGCAUUGUCAUAUGUUUCCCUGUGUUGGGAAAUUAUAUAAAUUUAAACGUUUCGGCUUCAUUAGAUUCCUGUGAUUCUAAGCCACCCUUAAUUAUCAGGCUAGAUAAAUGUGCUUAAUUAGUCAUUGAUAAAUGAGUAACAGUGGUUUUAACAGGGUGUACUGUGUAUUUAUACUUUUUGUACUAUUUGUACUAUUUGCACUGUCAGUAUAGAUGUUCACACAGUUUGCACAAGCUAUCAUAUAUUUUGUUACUGUUCUGUUUUAAAAUAUUUCAGUUGUUAAUAUUUUUCAUCUGAAGGGGUUUUUAAUUGACAAUUGAAUUCUAGGUUUUAAUAUUUUUGGAUGUAAUUUGGUGGUGGGUAAGAAAAUUUCAGAUUCUGAAGUUCAGAUGAGAUUGAAUCUGAAUGAAUUUUUCUUUAGAUUCAAAGUCAGUAUGAUAGAUCUUGAUAUUGUACCAUUUGAUUGUAUGACAAAAAAUAAACAUGAAAAAUCACAAGGUUAGCUUGAUGAAAUUGAUUGACAUUAACAAGUAUUGUUUUAAGUUUUUUCAAGUGUUUGUGAAAUGACCUGAUUAAAUAAAGGGGAGAAACUGUUUUAAA